GACGUAGAGCGGGAAUCGUCUGAGAAGGCAGCAACAGUAGGCGGAUUAAAUAUGGCUAGCAUUAGCACCAAGGACUUGAGCACAUGAGAAUUCCAGUGGUAUGGAAAUCGACAGGCUGCGGUCUGGAGUGCACGUCUCUGCAGCCUGUUAAAAAUCAGAUGUAGACUGAUCAUUGAUAACACCACACCUUACUAAAAUCCUGGAUAUGAGUUAUUCUUCAAGACCUCCAAUAGGGAGGAAAAUGAAGGCACGUGCUCCGCCUCCGCCCGCUGCCCCCCAGCCUGCCCCUCGCAAGAUCUUCCGCAACGCCAUCCCUGAUGGAGGAGCAGCACCCGACACCAAGGAGAAUGUGAUACAGAGCACUGUGGACCUUCAGAUCACGCUGCCUAAUGGAUACGGGACCUUGGUCACUGUGGAUGGGAGGAAAGCUCUGAUGGACAUGUUGGUGGACUUGUGCGCUCAGUAUCACCUUAAUCCAGCCGAACACACCCUGGAGCUGGCAUCGGCUGAGGGCCAGCCCGUGUCCUUCAAGCCCAACACAGUUCUAGGAACACUGCAUGUCAGCCGCGCGCUCAUCAAGCACAGAACUCAAGAGGAGCGCCUACCCAGGAAACCCGCUCCUAAAGUGCCAGAGCAGGAAGAGCCGGCUGCUCCUAAACACACUCGAGCCAAGAAGACAGUACGGCUGGUGGUGAACUACCAUCGCGGGCAGAAGGCAGUAGUUCGCGUGAAUCCACUCGUACCCCUGCAAAGCCUGGUGCCCGUCAUCUGCCAGAAGUGUGAAUUCAACCCUGCACGUGUGCUCCUACUGCGUGACGCAGUUAGCCACCACGAACUGGACCUGCGCAAGUCACUCACUGAACUCGAAAUCCGUGAGCUCUACGUGCUUGACCAGACACUGGUUCUCCAGCCUAAAAUGGUCUCGGCUCCUGUCCUUAACUUCUCAGCAGAGUCUCUCAACUCUGACACUCAAAGUGCCAGUGCAGGCGAGAAGAAGGGACUUCUGGGCUUGUUCAAAUUCAGUCGGAGGAAAUCGAAGACAGAAGAGUUCAUUGAUGACAUGGAUCAGCACAACACACACACUAACAUCAACGGUCUGUCACCGGUCACUGGCGUGUGUGUAGAGGCUCGUCCCAACACUCUGGGCCAAUCACAAUCGGCCAUGAACCUCUCCAGGCUGUCUCCCAAAACGGAGCCCAAAAAACGGCGUGCUCCAGCUCCACCUCAUCCUUUGGCUCCUAUGCUCAUGGACACACAAAUGCAAUUGCAGUGCCGUCCUGCACCAGUGGCCCAGACAAAACCAGGCUCACCGAGUCAGCUAAAGAAACGGAAAGCCCCACCUCCCCCACCCAGCGUACAUCCCACAACCUCCUCCUCACCAGCUCUCGUAGUGGCUGCUGCCCAGGUACCCAACACUAUGGCAGCAUCCGAUGACUCCAUGUCUGAUCUGAGUCACAGCAUCGAGGACUCAGAACCGGCUGCCUCCAUCUGCAGCAGCUCCAGCAGUGAUGAUGCCGCUGAAUCCAGCAGCCUGGCUGAAGAAACCAUGGCCGAGCCAGCCAUCGAGUUGGCAACAGGUUUGCCCUCCAAGGUGGAACCAGUUCCAAAACUGAAUCAACAGCCAGCACGUAGAAGCUUUGUUAAGCGAGAUCCUGAGGAGAUGGAAUCUGCAUUGGAGCUUAAAAUGGAGGAAGUGGACAACAGCCGUCACAGUGCGAUAGUCUGGCUGCAUGUAGCGGAGCAGGAGGCCGAGACGGUGUCCAUGUGCAGCAGCGAGAGCUUGGCCGAUCAAGGGUACGCGCCGUCUGAGGGAAUGGCUGACUCUCCAAGUACCUCCCCUGAGGACACUGUCUCUCUGGGCCCCGAUCCCUCUCUGAGCCCCACCCAACCUCAGGAAGACUGCGACAGCGAUGAGGGCUGUGCCACAUGGGGCUCGCGCCACAGUGGAAACAUGCGACCUGGGGACCAAUCAGUCAAGAGAAAUGACACCGAGAUCACUGCCCAGAUCCACUUAACCUUGGCUGAUUUGGAUGCAGACUUAGCAGAUGAAGUUAAUCAGUCAGACCAUGCAUCUGUGUAUGCGGAUGAUGAGAUCCCUGUGUCUGUGGUGGAUAUGGACAUUCCGGUAACAGCCAUCGACGAAGUCAUCGAUAAUAAUCCAACCAGCUCGAGUGCUUAUGAGGCAGAAAUAUUGCGUGGUAACCAGGUCAAACAGGAUGGCUCAAACAAGCAAAUCUUAGAUCUUCAGUACCAAAACAACAAAGUUCGCAUGUCAAAGAAAGCAAGUCCAUCCCAAGCAGAUCCGAUUCAGUCAGGUGACAAGAAGGAGCAAACAGAGAAGGUCGCUCUGAGCCCUGGGAUUAAAGGUAAAGUUGAACCGGAUAAAAGGAAGCUACCAGAAACUUCUCAAAGUCCUGCAAUAACUACUGUUACCCGGAGUGCACAGAAUGUUCCUGAAAGCAGACUUUGGCCUGCAUCAACAGUACAGAACCAUCACAAGGAAAACACAGAAGUGGAGAGAGCAUCGUCUAUUAAAGCACAAAACAUGAUCAGCCAGAACACUAUGUCUAGAUUCGGCUUAAAGACUUUUACCAUUGUCCCUACCAAACCGGUUGGGUCCCAAAAUCACAUCAAGUCAGAAGGCUCGUUGCGUACAGGUGCCAUAAAAAUUGAUGAGUUGGGUAACAUGGUCACACCAAGAGACACUCAAGACAAAUCUGAUCGCCUUGAGGAGGCAAGUGAUGACCGAGAUUCUCCACUACUGGACAAAGCUAAGGCCUUCUGGAGCUCAACUAGCAAGGAUGAUUCAGCACCUACUGCCUAUAAAAGAGCUUCUAUAAGGACUGGAGAUGUUGAAACCCCCAAACCAUUACCUGUAACAGUACCGUCACAACCUGCAGAAAAAGCAAGUGUUACCGAACCACCAAAACAGGUCAAUGGGCCAAGCACUAAUCUUGCAUCUGCAGUAAUGAAAAAGCUUGCUGUUUCAGAUCCUGCUGAAAAUAUCUUUUUCUCAGAGCACAGGAAGAACCUUUCUUUCCUCAAACCUUCCAGAAGAACGUCAAGUCAUUAUGUGGCUUCGGCUAUUACUAAGUACACAGGGAAUUCCUCAAGCAAGGUAGAUGGAGUUCAGGAGCUUCCUGGAUCAAUGCCUGCUGGACAUACAGAAUUAAGUAGCCAAGCCUUCAAGAGUGACCCAAGACCCAUGCAAGCAGUAUCGAACCAAAAGGCUUCAACCCUGAAGGAAAACUCUGUGCCUUUUCUUGCUGCUGCCAAACCUUACCUGAGUUAUCCUGCAGAGAAGCAGGAAGUCUCCAGGGAAGCACAAAUCAUUGGUACAGAUGUAUCAAGCACUAAAGCUCUGAAUUCCAGCCCAGGAAAUAGCCAGCCUCAACAGCAAGCACGAAUUGCUACAUGCUCUGAACCCACUCGGACCUCAACUAAAGAGGACAUAUACAUUAAAAAGGCCCCUGGAUACCCUUUGCCCCUAAACAGUACAGUACACACUACCCGUCCUGCAGUAGCAAAGAAACCGGAGUUACACAGUCUUGGUCUCCAGCCAAGUCCAUUUGGGCCAGUCAAAAAGUUUAAGCCUGUGGUCCCGAAGUCAGUGGAGAAGGAGACUUCCCUUCACAGUUCACUCAUGGAGGCAAUUCAAUCAGGACAUGGAAUGGAACGUCUCAAAAAGGUAUCCGAUUCUUCCAGACCAGGCACCCUGAAGAAGCCGUCAUACACGGAGCCGGAAAACGAACGAUCUGCCCUCCUGUCGGCCCUCCGAGCUGAGAACAAUUCAGCAAGACUCAAGAAGACGAGCUCGUCAGCCGCCGCAGAGCUGGAGCAGUUCAGAAAGUUUGAGGAGAACAGGGCCAGCCAGAGACGUACAAGUCCCACAAUUUCUCCUGCCUUCGCAAAUCCACCAACCUUUACACCACCACCACCAAGCUUUACACCACCACCACCACCAAGCUUUACACCACCACCACCACCACCAACCUUUACACCACCACCACCUCCUCCUACCUUGUCGUUGUCUAAGCCAGCUGUAGUGCUGCCUGCAGGGGGAAACCCGGAGUCUGCCCGAGAGGCACUGCUGGAGGCCAUCCGCUCUGGAGCUGGGGCUGAGCGCCUUCGGAAAGUCCCAGUGUCAACAAAAACAGUUAAAGUCAACGGAAGACUAGGCACCAUCCAGGCAUCGGCUUCCCCUCCUCAAGAGCCCUAGAAGCUCUUUUCCCUUUUGUUUGGAGGAAUUGUCCCAUAGCCAAAUUUCACCUCGCAUGCUAACUCAUUUGCUAAAGUGUAUUGCGGCAACACGGUUAUUUAUUUUUGUUCAUAGUCACAUGCUGCUUUCAGUCUGUGCCAAUCAUUUGGAUUUUCAUUAUGGAAUUAGGGGGAAGUUCUGUUAAGAGCAACAUACUGUAUAUCAUUCACAUAAAUCUGUAGACUUCCUAAUCAAUCAGUAUUUCUGAAGGGAUUUUUCUGUUGUAACACAUUCUCAUGAAAUUCUAAAUUUCAUUUGGAUGAGAGAUUUGAUUUUUUGGGGGUUUUUGUUGUAGAUUUUCAUAUUUAAUACUAAUCCCAAUGACACACUGAAGUCUGUCUGAUUAGUCAUAAUGACAAUUCUUUUUUUCUGGAAGCAUCGUAGCGUUAUUGUAAAAACGUUCAUGUUAAUGUAGAAAGCAUUUCGUCGUACUUGAUCAGAGAUUCGUUUCCUAUAUACCUAUUAAUACCCGUUCACCAUGCUGCUAUUUGAUAAUGUUUUAUUUAUGCCAUUUCGAUCAGAAGGGGAAAUGAAUAGGAAUUAUAUGUUAAAAAUAUAUUUAAUAUGUCGUUCAUUUAAAUAGGUAUGAAGUGGACUGCAUGACAGAUCUACAGGAGGUCUAGACAGGUCUAACUUUAAAAUCCAUGGGCUAUUGUGGAUGAAGAUUAUUGGACCAGAAAUGUAUAUUUUGUACCUGUUCAUAAUUUAAAAAAAUUCUUCUAUGAUUCAUUUUGAUUAGAUGCCACUUUUUGUUCGGUUUUUUUUUUUUUUUUUUAACUUCUACUUUUGUACAUGAAUUUUGCAGAUAUUUUUUGAGAUUACACAGAAAUUUAGAUAAAAAUCAAUAAAUCAUUUUGUAAUCAUUGAAACUGCUUUAUUCUGCCUUUUUGCAAUAUCAUCACAUCAUGUGUCUGUGUGUCUAAUUAGUAUAUUACACAAGGUUUGAUGGACGCAAUCAAUUAAACGCACUUUUUUUUUUUGCACAAAAAUUCUAUUCUGUAUCGAAUCUGCAUCGGGGUAUCGAGUCAGGUGAUGCAGCAACGCAAGUCGUUUUAAUAAAAACACUUCUGUGAAGUUCAUGUCUCUGAGAUUGCCAGAUUUUUCUGUAGCUGUCCUUUAAACACAAGCACUGAAUUGUAAACUCGGGGGAAAAAAUCAUGGAUAGAAAAUGCGGACUGAACAAACUGCAGUUUAUCAGUUCAUUUCAGUUUUAUUUGUAUAGCACUCUC